CCUUCCUCCUCGCCCCCCCCUUGCCUCCCGCUCCCUCCUCGGCCCCCGCCAUCCCCGCUGCGCGCAUGGCGCAGCUGCUGGACAGCAGCGGGGCGUCGGCGGCGGUGGGGAGGAGCCUCGGCCGAUGGCUCUGCGGCGGGGACUUCGUGACCACGGAACCAGAGGCGCCGGAGGAGACGCCGGAGCCUGCGUGGCGCGGCCCGCUCGGCUUCCCCCGCGACUGGCCCGCCGUGUACACCUCCAGCAGGUGCUCAGAGAUCCACUCGGCGAGGCCGACCCGCACACCCGCCGCUCGUGAGCAGCGGGGCGGCACAGGGAGGACGGCUCCGUCGGCCCCCCCACGCCGGCGGCGGGCGGAGCCGCGGCAGUCGACGUGGGCGUGAAGGACACGCGGUCGCC